AUGUUGGCACUGUUUCUUUUCCUUUCUCUCUGUUUCUUUGCCAUAAUUUUCGUUCUAUUUGUUUUUAUUUUCGUUGUAAUCAUUUUCUUGUCCUUUUUUCUUUUCCUGUCUACACUUUUCUUUCUUUCCUUCCUUUCUUUAUUCCUCCCGUCCUUCAUUUCUUCUUUCGUCUUUCUUUCGAUCUUCGUUUCCUCUCUUCGUUUCCUCUCUUUUCUUCGUUUCCUCUCUUUUCUUCGUUUCCUCUCUUUUCUUCGUUUCCUCUCUUUUCUUCUCUUUUCUUCGUUUCCUCUCUUUUCUUCCGCUCUCUUCAUUCCUCUCUUCAUUUCUCUUCAUUUCCUCUCUUCAUUUCCUCUCUUCGUUUCCUUCUCUUCCAUUUCCUCUUCCUUCUCUUUCAUUUUGAAUUCAUCUCUCUUCUUCAUUUCCUCUCUUCAUUUGGACUUUCUUUCUUCAAAAAUCUCUCUUUUCUUCAUUUCCUCUCUUUUCUUCGAUUUUCUUUCCUUUUCUAUUUCUCUCUUUUUCAGCUCUUUUAUUGAAUUCUCUCUUCUCUUCCUCUCUUUUCUUCAUUUCCUCUCUUCAUUCCUCUCUUUUCCCCAAAUUCCUCUUCAAUCUAAUUCUCCUUCUUCAUUUCCUCUCUUCCUUUUCAAUUCUUCUUUUCUUCAUUUCCCUCUCUUCGGACCUCUCUUUUCUUCGUUUCCUCUCUUCCAUUUCCUCUCUUUCUUCAAAUUCCUCUUUUCAUUUCCUCUCUUUUCUUCGUUUCCUCUCUUUUACAUUCCUCUUUUUUCUUCGUUUCCUUCAUUUCUUCCCAUUUCCUCUUUUUCUUUUUUUUCUCUCUUCGUUUCCUCUCUUUUCUUCGUUUCCUCUCUUCGUUUCCUCUCUUUUCUUCGUUUCCUCUCUUCGUUUCCUCUCUUUUCUUCGUUUCCUCUCAAAUAUAAUACGUUUGAUUCUCUGAAUGGGUUGCUCCGGGUGGUUUUAUUGCAUUCAUGCCCUUGUGAAAGUCAAGUGGUGCGCAAUACCCGACCGUGCUAA